AUGUCCUCCUCAUCGUCUGCUGCCUUCACUCCUAUGAGCACGGCACCGCCGUUCAAGUUUCCUGCCCCUCUUAUACCGACGCCAACGUACAGGAGACGGCAUGCCGUCGAUGUUUCAACCGCCAUGUCAACGGCCACUAGUCCUCACUCGAAAAAUAACUCCGGAAUCCCGUCUCCUGACUCUGACUCUGAGCAGCCGCUUCGAGCAAUGUCAUUCCAUCAAAGUGAUAUUCAAAACUCUCUACCCAUGCCACAACUUGAGGAUCCAAAAGUCGAUUACCUCAAAUUGAUACUCAACGCACGUGUCUACGAUGUCGCUAUCGAGUCGCCUUUGCAAAUGGCUAAAAAGCUAUCUGCAAAACUCGGGAAUCUCGUGUAUGUCAAGAGAGAAGAUCUGCAGCCUAUCUUCAGCUUCAAACUACGGGGAGCGUAUAACAGAAUGUAUCAACUAUCACCACUUGAACGGGAAAAGGGCAUAAUAGCCGCAUCGGCAGGGAAUCAUGCUCAGGGAGUCGCUAUUGCUGCUCAGAAGCUGGGAAUCAAGGCUACAGUGGUCAUGCCAAAGUUUGCGCCUGAUAUUAAAGUGGAGAAUGUACGCCGUUUGGGUGCACAAGUGAUUCUACACGGAAACGACUUUGACGAGGCCAAGAGGGAGUGUAUGCGGCUGAGAGAAGAGCAAGGGCUCACGUUUAUCCCACCGUUUGACGAUAAGUAUGUAAUCGCGGGAGCGGGUACCGUUGGAGUAGAGAUAUUACGCCAGUUGAAACAGGAUCGUCUGGAUGCUAUCUUUGUCUGUUGCGGUGGAGGAGGCCUUCUCGCUGGUAUAGCUGCAUUUGUAAAACGCAUCCGUCCUGAAGUUCGAGUUAUAGGGGUCAAUACUGUUGACUCUGACAGCAUGACUCAAUCGCUGAUCCAGGGACACCCAGUUGAACUUAAAGAGACUGGAUUAUUUGCUGAUGGUACCAGCGUCCGGCUGGUUGGUCAAGAAACAUUCAGGAUCUGUCAAGAGUUUGUGGAUGAUAUGAUAUCUGUAAACAACGACGAAAUCUGUUCCGCUAUACGUGACUGUUUCGAAGACACUCGGUCUAUUCUGGAACCGGCAGGAGCGCAGGGUUUAGCUGGUUGUGUUAAAUUUGUACAGGAGCAUCCCGAAAUCAAAGAUGGGGUUUUCGUUGUCGUCGCAUCGGGAGCCAAUAUGAACUUUGAUCGACUAAGAUUUGUUGCUGAACGAGCGAAACUGGGAGAUGGAAAAGAGGUGUUGAUUUCGGCAAUAAUUCCUGAACGGCCCGGCACAUUCUUGAAGCUCUUUAACUGUAUCCACCCUCGAGUCAUUACUGAGUUUUCAUACAGAUUCAAUGAUCCAGAAAAGGCUCACGUGUACAUGAGCUUUGAAGUACAAACACCCUCUGAGCUUCCUGAAAUAAUUCAAUUGAUUGAAUCACAGGGAAUGGAGGCUAUUGAUAUCUCUCAAGAUGAAAUGGCGAAGAGCCAUGCUCGAUACAUGGCAGGUGGCAGGAGUCAAACUGUGGGAGAUGAACGAGUAUUGAGGUUUAGCUGGAAGGAGAGGCCCGGCUCUUUAAAGAAAUUCUUGAAUGUGUUGGAGAAUUCACGGUGGAAUAUGAGCAUGUGGCAUUAUAGAAACCAUGGUGCUGAUGUCGCACGGCUUCUAGUUGGGGCGCAAGUUAAGCCCGAAGAGUUGGAAGAAUGGACCAAGUUUAUUGAAGGCCUUGGUUAUCCUUACGUGGAUGAAUCGGACAGUGCUGUCUACAAGCACUUUAUGCGUUGA